AUGCCACUCUUUGGAUCCAAGGACUUGGUUCCAUCACUCGCUGUCCCGGCCUCACCAGCUCACUCUGUCCAAACCUUAGUAGAUCUUACUCGCUGUAGCACACAUCAUGACUUCUUGUUGAGGAUUUGGCGACACUUAUCCAUAAAGACAUUGAAAGCUAAGGCUGAAAAACAGGCUGCUUGGCAGGAGCCGUGGGAACAUCAACUUUGGGAUGCAGUCGGGCCUGUUGCUAAUGUGUAUCGGAGCCUCAUGGCAAAGAUUUCACCAGAGACUCUUCCAAAGACACUAGUUGGGCUGAAUGUCCUCGUGCUGCACGACAGAAAGCCGCAAUGCAAGGGGAGGCAGAAGCUACAUGUGCAAAGAGCAGCGACGGAUUCGUUGGAUCCGCAACCGGAAGCAGAGGCAGAGCUUCACAAUCUCAGCGCGCUCAAACUGACUGUGGAGUCGCUGCAUUAUAUGCGCCUGGCAACAGCUGCCUACGGACGAGUUUCUUUGCGUCCAGGUCUGGUUGGAAUUACAGACAGCAACUUCACGCAACUGCUCUGCAAACAUGUGGGUGAGAGCCUGAACCCAGAGGAGGUUAGCGUGCCCUUGGCUUCAUUGCGCGCACGAUGGCUGCUGCCUGCGCACUAUGUACUGGUUGAUCGUGGGCGCAGAGAGGUAGUUGUAGCAGUGAGAGGCACACUGAGUGUCCAAGAUGUGCUGACGGAUCUUGGAGCUGAAGAAGUUGAUUUGUUUUUGGGUGGCAAGGCACAUAAGAAUAUGCUGCAGAGUGCUUGCAACGUGUUGCGAGCUGUUCACCCACUCUUGGAAACUUUGUCCGGGAUUGACAGAAUAACUUUCACUGGUCACAGCCUGGGAGGCGGAGUGGCAGCGUACCUCACGAUGCUGUUCUUGGAGCUGCAGGACUUGCAGGAUCGGGAUGAUCCACGGGAUUCCAAGUCACCGGAAGUCCGGUGCUUUUCCUUUGGAGCUCCCGGGAUUUGCUCUGCAGCUGUGAGCAAAUCUCUCCGAGAUCGUAUUGCUUCCUAUUGUCACGCCCAAGAUGUGGUUCCGCGGCUGUCGACAGGUCACUUGUUGGAGCUUCGUGGCCGAGCUGUACUUGCGGCAAAUGUGGCAGGAGAUAUUGUCAAGCGCUUGGCAAAUGGUGGGCUUUGGAAAGCUGCACAAGUUGCGCAAGCCAUUCCUCAAGACCUGGAAGAAGCACUGGCAAGCAGCAAGAUUGAAGCCUUUGAAAAGCAAAACUCUGGGGAUUCGCCGGAUAUGCUGAAGCUUUAUCCGGCCGGUCGUUGCUUCUUGGUUCAGCGUGAUGGUGAGAUAGAAGAGCUUGCGCCUGAAGAUUUGGCACCUUGCAUAGACUUUUCGGGUGGCCGCCGAAUGGUGGUCGACCAUUUGCCCAGAAUCUAUGAAGUUGUCAUGAAGGCAGCAGCUGACAGAGCGCAACAUGCACAACAGGCACAACAUGCACAGACAGUACAGUGUGCAGAAAAGUGUGCUGAAAAGUGUGCAGAAGGCCGUAGAGGUGCAGCGCCUACACACCUUAGGGAGCUGGUGAAGUCUCGCCUCUGA